CACCAUUGCAUCACCACCCCAAAUGGCAGGAACUAUAAGUGAUCGAACCCUAGCCUUGGAGGCGGGCCGUAGAUUGGCACAGCCGGCUCCGGGAGAAGAGGUGGUCAUCUCUGGAAUAGCUGGCUUCUACCCGGACUCUGACAAUGUCAAGGACUUUGGGGAGAAGCUGUUUAACAAAGUUGACUUAAUAUCUGAUGAUGACCGCCGAUGGAAACUAGAGCACCCUGAGAUUCCUCAAAGAACUGGAAAACUCAACGAGGUUAACAAAUUUGAUGCAGCUUUUUUUGGGGUUCAUUUCAAACAAGCACACACCAUGGACCCUAUGUGUCGUAUGCUGCUAGAGAAAGCUUAUGAAGCUGUUGUAGAUUCUGGUUACAACCCUCGGCAUCUAAGAGGUACUAACACGGGAGUUUUCAUUGGUGCCUGCUUCAGUGAAUCGGAAAAAACAUGGUUCUACGAGAAACUUCAGGUCAAUGGCUUUGGGAUCACUGGUUGUUCUCGAGCUAUGCUUGCAAAUAGAAUUUCCUACUGGCUAGGAAUCAAUGGUCCCAGUUACACGGUGGACUCAGCGUGUUCUUCGAGUCUUUACGCGAUGGAGCACGCUUACAAGUCUAUACGAGACGGCCACUGCGAUGCAGCCAUCGUGGGAGGUUGUAACCUUUGUCUUCAUCCUUACGUCUCCUUGCAGUUUGCUAGACUUGGUGUGCUUUCCACAGAUGGGAGAUGUAAAUCAUUUGAUGAAUCAGCUAACGGUUACUGCCGAUCAGAAGCUGUCUGUAUAAUAUACCUACAGAAGGCCAAAGAUGCAAGAAGAGUGUAUGCCACUGUUGUUCAUGCUAAGACCAACUGUGAUGGUUACAAAGAACAGGGUAUCACAUUUCCGUCAGGUCCUCUUCAACAGAGGUUGUUAGAAGAGUUUUACGAAGAAUGUCAACUUAGCCCUUCAUCCCUUGCUUGGGUUGAGGCUCACGGAACUGGAACGAAGGUUGGAGACCCAGAGGAAGUAAAAGCGUUGGAGAACGUGUUCUGUCCCGGGCGAUCAUCCCCUCUUAUGAUCGGCUCAGUCAAGUCCAACAUCGGUCACUCGGAGCCUGCCUCCGGGUUAUGUUCAGUCACUAAAGUCCUCAUCGCCAUGGAGACUGGCUUCAUCCCUCCAAACAUCAACCUCAAAGUCCCUCGGAAGGACAUUGAAGCUUUCUACAAUGGAAAAAUCUCCGUUGUCACUGAAAAAACGCCAUGGAGUGGAGGCAUGGUGGGUAUCAACUCCUUUGGAUUUGGAGGUGCUAAUUGCCACGUUCUAUUGAAGUGGAAUGAGAAGGCUAAGGUGAAUAAAGGAGCUCCCAACGAUGACAUACCAAGAGUGGUUCCUGCCUCAGGAAGAACUGAAGUUGCCGUGGACACUAUUCUCUCAGACGUUGAAUCCAGGAACAUUGACAUAGAGUUUGUAAAGCUGCUUCACUGUGUUCACACGGAUGAGAUUCCCGGGCAUAUCUUCCGAGGUUUCACUGUGCUUACACCAAACAACACUGCCCGAAUGCGCUCAAUUAAGUACUACCCUGGAGACAAGAGGCCAGUGUGGUUUGUGUUUUCUGGAAUGGGCUCCCAAUGGGCAGGAAUGGGAGCAACCCUCAUGAAGAUUCCAGUCUUUGCUGCAGCAAUCCACAAAUGUCACCAGAUUUUGAAACCAAAGGGUGUUGAUCUGAUUCGAAUCAUUAGUGACCCAGACCCAAAGAUCUUCAACAAUAUUCUGAACUCCUUUGUUGGAAUUGCAGCUAUACAGAUUGGUCUGGUGGAUGUAUUGACAACCGUGGGAGUCAAACCGGACCAUCUGAUAGGUCACUCAGUAGGUGAGCUUGGCUGCGCUUACGCUGAUGGCUGCUUUACAGCUGAGCAGAUGAUUCUGGCUGCGUACUACAGAGGUCUUGCAUCCUUGGAAUCAAAACUUAUCACUGGGGCAAUGGCUGCUGUUGGUAUGGGCUACAAUGACAUCAAGGAGCUCCUUCCCCCAGAAAUUGACGUGGCUUGUCAUAACUCUGCUGGAAGUUGCACCAUCUCUGGACCUGCUCCUGUUGUUCAAACAUUUGUGGCUAAACUCCAACAGCGGAAGAUCUUUGCCCGAGAGGUGAAUGUAGCCAACAUCGCAUACCACAGCCGAUAUAUUGCUCCUGCCGGACCCAAGCUCCUCUCUUAUUUGAAACAGGUGAUCCCCAACCCGAAGCCCAGGUCCGCAAGAUGGAUCAGCAGUUCCGUCCCUGAGGCACAGUGGGACUCUCCCCUAGCCAAGCUAUGCUCUGCGGACUACCAUACCAACAAUCUACUGAGUCCAGUGCUGUUUGAAGAAGCGUCCAAGCAUAUUCAAGCUCGAGCUAUUGCUAUAGAGAUUGCUCCUCAUGGCCUCCUUCAAGCCAUCCUGCGUCGCUCCCUUGACAAACAAGUUGUCAACAUUCCUCUUACCCAGAAAGACAACCCAGACAACUCUGUGGUGUUGGUCACAGCUUUGGGAAAGCUUUAUGAGGUGGGAGUUAAUCCCCAGUUUGCCAAUCUAUACCCUGAGGUUCCUUUGCCUGUGUCCCGUGGAACUCCCAUGAUUGCCCCGUUAGUCAGGUGGGAGCAUUCUGAAGACUGGUAUGUCACUUCAUACCGUAUGCAGGAGAAAAUAAAGUCUGGAGAAAGGACUGUCAACAUUAACUUGAAAGACGAUGAACUGGAGUAUCUUGGUGGCCAUAUCAUUGAUGGCCGUAACCUUUACCCUGCUACUGGAUACCUGGCUUUAGCGUGGGAGACAGUUGGUUUAAUGAGAGGAGAGCUAUUUACUGAUGUCUCAGUGGUCUUUGAGGAUGUUCGAUUCCACCGAGCUACAAACCUUCCCAAAGAUGGUGGCUUGGACUUCAUCGUAAUGGUACAGAAAGGAAGUGGAAACUUUGAGAUCGUUGAAGGAGGUGCUGCAAUUGUAACUGGGAAGAUUUACGUGCCAGAAAACAUCAAUAGAGAAAUGGUAACACUAGACCCUCCAGUGAAUGAAGAUGCACCUUCACUGUUGCCUUUGAGUGGCAAAGACUUCUACAAAGAACUUAGAUUGAGAGGAUACAACUACAAGGGACUUUUCAGAAGUGUCACCCAAGCAAAUAACUCUGGUUCAAUCGGUAAGAUCUUGUGGCACAACAACUGGGUGGCGUUCAUGGAUAACAUGCUUCAGAUGCAAAUUGUACGAGAAGACACUAGGGGACUGUUCGUACCUACCUCAAUUCAAAAACUAGUCAUUGACAUCAAGAAACAUGUCCAAACAUUGUUCUCCCUCCCAGAAGAGCAGAAAGAGGUUCCCGUGUAUGUGUAUGAGUAUCUAGAUAUGAUCAAAUCUGGUGGAGUCCAAAUUGAAGGUCUCAAAGCCAGUGCUAUCUCUAGAAGAAAGCCUCUUGGAGAACCAGUACUUGAGAAGUACGAGUUCUUCCCUCAUGUCACUAAUGAACAAGACACUGACCUGAGCACCUUCACCAGAAUGUGUGUUCACUUGGCCCUCGAGCAGGUCUCUUCCACUAAAGUGAAGGUUGUUGAAGUCCUGGAUAGUAGCUGCAAUCCGGACGCCACUCUACUUUCCCCAGCCAUCUUACAAAUUCUUGGAGACCUUCCUCUCAUUCAGGCUGAUAUCACAGUGUUAUCUCCUGCUGAUAAUCCCAAAGUUGUGGACAUCGGUCCGAACAUUGUUGUGGAAGACAAGAAGAUUACAACUGACCAAUCUGCUGUGUUAGUCGUGGCUUCUGAUCUCUUCUCUCCGAGCAGAGCUGAGGUUCUCAAAAAUUGUCUUGCUGCUGUUAAAGAAGAUGGAUUUAUCAUCAUAAGAGAAAAAGUAAAUGAGAAAACUGAAAAAAGUGGAUACACUAUCUGCAUGGAACGUGUAAUUGAAAGUGAACGGAUAAUUUUGAUUAAAAAGGAUUCAACUGCUAAGCCUGCUCAACUAGCUAUCAAGGUAACCUCAGAAAACUAUUCAUGGUUGCCUCAAAUCCAAGCUGCAUUGAAAGACGCUGCUACCAAGAAAGUAGUAUUGUAUGCUGAGAAAGAGGAAACCAAUGGAAUCAUCGGACUAGUCAACUGUAUCAGAAAAGAACCCGGUGGAGAUCGAGCUGUGUGCGUAUUUGUCAUGGAUAAAAAUGCUCCAGAGUUUUCACUGGACAACGAUAUGUAUAAAGAUCAAAUUUCCAAGAACCUGGCUAUCAACGUAUUCAAGGAUGGACAGUGGGGAAGCUACCGACACUUCCCCAUUGACGUGUUCGAACCCAAAGAUGUAGACCAUAGUUUUGUCAACACCGUUGUUAGAGGGGACCUCUCCAGCCUUACUUGGUUGCAGGGUCCCUUAGGGUUCAGGGAUCCUGUUCCAGAAAACAAGGAAUUAGUUCAUAUUUACUACUCUGCCUUGAACUUCCGUGAUGUUAUGAUGAUGACUGGAAAACUAGCUCCGGAAGUCAUUACAAAAGACAGACGUGAACAGGACUGUCAAUGUGGGUUUGAGUUUUCUGGUCGCACAGCAGACGGUCGCAGAGUGAUGGGAAUGACAUCGUCUCGUUGUUUGUCCAACACCGUAAUUGGAGACAAGUUCUUGAUGUGGGAAAUACCCGACCAUUGGACUUUGGAGCAGGGAGCAACUGUGCCUGUAGUCUAUGGAACUGCAAUGUUCGCACUAAUGACUUGUGGAAACAUGAAGAAAGGAGACACAGUGUUGAUUCAUGCAGGAACAGGAGGUGUAGGUCAGGCAGCCAUCUACAUUGCCCUCCAUCACGGCUGCACAGUGUUCACAACAGUCGGAACUCCGGAGAAGAGGGAGUUUAUAAGGAAGACAUUCCCUCAGAUCAAGGACAGCCAUAUUGGAAACUCAAGAGACUGUUCAUUCGAGCAGCUGGUCAUGACUGAAACGGAUGGUAGAGGAGUUGACUUGGUACUCAACUCUCUUGCAGAAGAGAAACUGCUGGCGUCUGUGCGUUGUUUGGCUCGGGGAGGAAGAUUCCUGGAAAUAGGAAAAUUUGACUUGGCUAACAACAACCCUCUUGGCAUGGAGACUUUCUUGCGUGAGACGAGUUUCCACGGGAUCCAACUGGACACCAUGUUCAUCAAUCCAAAAUCCACUCGUAAAAUGGAACUGUGUGAGCUCAUCAUGGACGGAAUUAAGUCCGGAGCAGUCCAGCCGCUGUGCUCCUCCGUCUUCCCAGAGGAUCAAGUUGAACAGGCAUUCAGAUAUAUGGCCUCAGGAAAACAUGUUGGUAAAGUGCUCGUUGAAAUAAGAAAAGAAGAACAAAGUCUAGCAUCCAUUCCUCAACCUAUCAAGAUGCGUGCCAGACCCAGAUAUUUCUGUGACCCCGAGUGUUCUUACAUAAUUAUUGGUGGACUCGGAGGCUUUGGGCUGGAAUUGGCAGACUGGCUUUGUUUGAGAGGUUGUAGGAAGCUUGUCCUGACGUCUCGAGCUGGUCUAAGGACUGGUUACCAAGCAAUGAGGAUCAGAAUAUGGGAAAGUUACGGAGCCAUUGUGCAAAUAUCAACAGCUGAUGUAACAACCGAGGAAGGAGUCAACGACCUACUGAAACAGGCUUUGAAGCUCGGCCCUGUAGAUGGCAUUUUUAACCUUGCUGUGGUUUUAAAAGACGCCAUUGUAGAAAAUCAAACAGAAGCAGAUUUUGCAACAUCAGCUGGACCCAAAGCAGUAGCAACUAAAUACCUAGACAAGUUGUCUCGCAAGAUGUGCCCUAAACUGGGCAGUUUUGUUAUAUUCUCAAGUGUGUCUUGUGGAAGAGGAAAUGCAGGACAGACCAACUAUGGAUUGUCUAACUCUGUGAUGGAGAGGAUAUGUGAGCAGCGUAAGAAAGAUGGAUUGCCAGCCCUAGCAGUCCAGUGGGGUGCCGUGGGAGAAGUUGGACUUGUAGCAGAAAUGCAGGAGGACCAUCUGGAACUUGUCAUCGGUGGAACAUUGCAGCAGAGGAUCAGCUCAUGUUUAGAAGUCAUGGAUGGGUUCAUGUACUGUGGAUUCCCCAUUGUCGCAAGUAUGGUUGUAGCAGAGAAGAGAGCUGGAGGAGGCGUGGCAGGCAACAUUGUCGAUACUGUUGUCAACAUCCUUGGAUUACGAGACUUGAAGACCAUCAGUUUGCACUCGACCUUGGCUGAGCUAGGUAUGGAUUCCAUGAUGGCUGUUGAGAUCAAGCAGACUUUGGAGAGAGAGUUCCAGGUGUUCCUGACACCUCAGGACAUCCGAGGAAUGACCUUCGCCAAACUGCAGGACUUGGCUGCCCAGACAGAGAAUGAACCUAAAGAUGCACCAGGAGCAGGUGGUGACAAAAUACCAGAGUUUGGAAUCAACCAUCUUCUGAGAGUGAUUGGUGACGAGUUGCUAUGUGGUGAACCUAUCAUCAGGUUGCCAUCUCUGGCAGGUGACGGAAACACUAUUGAAGAGAUUGCUGUCGGGGAUGAACUAGUCUUCCUCAUCCCUGGAAUUGAAGGAGUUGCAAGUGUGGUGGAGCCUCUCGCAAAGAACCUCAAGGCUCAAGCAUUAUGUCUACAGUUUGACUAUGAAAACCCCAUUGAGACUCUCACAGACAUCACUGACAACCUUCUACCUCACAUAAAAAAGAGACUGAGGCCAGGAUCCAACUUCAGAAUCGUUGGAUAUUCCUUUGGUGCCAUUGUAGCCAUGGAGAUAGUUCACAGGCUGGAGCAGGAAGGCAGACAAGGCACGUUGUACCUCAUAGACGGAGCUCCAGACUUCCUCCAGGGCUUGUGCGCCAAAACUAUGAAGGUAGAAGACGAGAAAGAUGGGUUUCAAGACCUGCAAAUACAGCUCAUCCAACGGUUUAUCGAUCUUAUCUGGCCUCAAGAGACUGGACAUGCAAUUGCAGAAAUAAAGGCUUUGCCUACUUGGAAUGACCGAGUUGAGUUCUUAGUAAGCAAGUCACCUGAAGGUUUACACAGCAAACGAUUCCAAAGACUCAGUCUGCAUGCUGCGUACAAACGUAUCCUGGCCAUCUUCAAGUACCAGCACCUUCCCAACAAAUCCAUCUCAUCAAGAGUAACACUUAUUCGACCCUCUGAAAUUUCAAUGGCUACUGAAGAUGAUUAUGGACUUUCUAAGUUCUGCGUGAACCCAGUGACACUUCACUUUGUUGAUGGCAACCAUUUGACUAUUCUUGACAACAAGAAAACUGCAGAUCUGAUCAACAAACCCACCCCUGAUGAUGCUGUUGGAUUCAAACAGUCAAUCAUGUCAACCCCAAGCGAUACGUUAACAUCCCUUCAAAACAACAUCAAGCAAAAGUAGACCUCAACCUCAUUUGUAUUAUAUUGUUCAGCCAUUAAAGUAUUUGUGUUUUUACUGUCCCACAAA